GGUACUGCGCUGUCACGUCUUUGUUGCCUCUGGAGCUAUUCUGAUGUUCUGAGUAAAAGAGCUGCAUGUAUGGGAAAAGAACAACUUCCCCGCCGAGGAAUCUGAUUAAAACACACGCCGACAGGUAUGUUAUUUAUAUCUUAACGCUCGACUCUUCUUUUAAUUAUCAAUUAUCGUACUCAAGCGAAACCAUUCAUCCGUGCUAGCGUAGUUCUAGCUGCUAGCUCUGUGCUAACAUUAGCUGUAGUUUUGUCCCUUCCACUGAUUUUCACCAAAUAAAUACAAUUUAUGUCGACAAGCACUGAACUUACGUGGUUCUCAAGCUUCACAUUUGAUAGUAAUCGAUUAUUUUACACAUUGCAAGGUUCACAUUGUGGUUCAACAUUGUUAGCUUAGCUACUAGAAUAAUACUAGGGGCUUUAACUUUUAACAAGUGUCGAUUUGUAGCAAGAUAUGUGCAGUUUUGUUUCAUCAUUAUCUUAAUUCAUCAUUUAUUGCCUUUGUUUAUUUGAUAGUUUUUUUUAUUUGAACAUUUUAUUGUUGCGCUCAUGCACAUGCGUUCCUUACGGUGGCAAAUAGGCGCAAACGCGCAGCAACGUCCAAACAAACAAAUGAUCCAAAAAAUAAAAAGACAGAACGAUGCUCCGAAUUGAUACUGUUUGUAAUUCAUUAGAUUCUGCACGUCCAGAAAAAAAACGCAAAAGAAAAACGCUGCCAAUGCCAGUAAAUCACAAAAAAAAGUGAGCAACGCUGCAAGGGUGCAGUAUUUUCCAGUUGUAGUGUGAAACUCCUUUUUAUUGAGUACAGUGUAAAAGUGAAUAAUAUAUAGGGAUGAUGUUUGAUAAGAAAUUAUAGAGUUCGAGCCCAUUAUCAAAUCCUCUUAUCGAAUCCAGAUAGGUUGUUGUAUAUGGAAAAAAAAAAAAAACCCACAAUAUUUGGUUUAACAAAAGCUCACUUUUAUUUUAUAAGAAAAAAAAUAAAUAAAUAAAUAUAACAUGGAUUGACAUGACGUAGCUCAGUCAUUAGACUGAGCUACUUAAUUUCCUGUGAUGUCCCACAGGACAUUUCCUGUGGGACGGGAUUUGUUCCCAGGGAUUCGAAUAAAGAACCAACUCUUUUUCUUUACUAUAAUGGCCUUGAUAACGGGAACCUUUUGUCAAAAAGGGAUUCGAGUCCAUGGAAUCGGUUCUUUUCUUAUCAAACAACCGGGAGAACCGGUUUCGAACAUCAUCCAUAGUAAUAUAUGAAUAUAAAUGUAUAUGAUACACAUACAUAAUUGCAUAGUUGCAUUUCAUUAGUCUCUCUUUUACGUACGCUGUAAAAAAAAUAAAUUAGAUUUUAUGGUAAAAAGCUCAGUUGCUAUAAUUUUUUCUGUUUUAGUUACAGCAUAACACUGUAAAAUCUACAGUUCUUUUUAUUGUGUAUUACUGCUUAUGAAAAAAACUGUACCGAAGUUGUUUUUAGGGUAAAAAACUAGCAGCUUAGUCGCCAGAAUUUUACCGUAAAAUCUGUCGUCGUUUUCACAUUGUACAAUUCGAUGGAUAACCUGCUUGGCACUCAGCAACAAAGGGUUGGAGUUGGGGGUUAAAUCACCAAAAUGAUUCCCGGGCGCGGCUCCGCUGCUGCCCACUGCUCCCCAAGGGGAUGGGACAAAUGCAGAGGACAAAUUUCACCACAUCUAGUGUGUGUGUGACAAUCAUUGGUACUUUCAUCUUUAAUCUUAAAAAAAAUAACUUGCUUUGAAAUCAUAAGUCAAUUUAUUUGUAUUUUAACGAAAUAAGACGAAAAUGUAAUGUUUUUUUUGCAAUAUUAGACAAUAUUUAAGAUAAGCAAUUGCAUCUAUUUUUUAAUGUCAAAAUGGGAAGAAAAAAAUGCAUUUAAUAAGAAAAGAUAUGGUACUUUAUUAUAUCCAGGCUUUUUCGGGCCACUUAAAUGAUGUGGCGGGCCCUGGUUUUGGAUCGUUUCUGCGUUUGGACGUUGUUUGCAAAAUUGUCGGCCACCCUAGUUCAGCUUCACGCAAACAUUGACAACAAUCUGAGCGUGUAAUAUGCAUGUUGAUUUAUUUAACAAAACUAAAGGCUCAAAAGAUGGACGAUAGGCUGAAUGGAUCCUUGCCUGUUGGCUCCUCGGAGUAUCUCCAGCAGUGGAUUCAGUCGACUCAGCAGUUCCAAGCUCUCCAAGCGCAGUAUUCCGCCUUCAGCCAUCAGUCUCCCUACCCGGAGGCACCAACGAGAGCAACAGCCACACCUGCCGUGGUUAACCCUCAGCCAAUGAUGGAGCAGCAGGAGCCGGCCGACCUGACCAAACCCCCGGCCAAAAAGAGAGGCAGAGCAGCUCAACCCAAGGAACCACGCCCACCCAAACCACCAAAAGUCCCAAAGGCCCCCAAGCCCCUCAAACCCCCAAAGGCACCAAAGCCCCCAAAGGACCCCAACGCCCCGAAGCGCAAACCGGGCCCAAAGCCCAAGAAGAACGCCGAGGGUCAAGCUGACGGAAAGCAGGAGAAGAUUGACGAGAGCUUCAAGAAGGUGAAGCGGAAAGUGGACCGUUUUAAAGGGAUGUCUGAGGAGGAGGUGAUGAAAAAAACCCUCCCGGAUCUGCUGGAGCAAAAUCUCGACUAUGUCAUCAUUGGCAUCAAUCCAGGGUUGAUGGCCGCUUACAUCGGACGCUGGUUUCCUGGUCCUGGAAAUCAUUUUUGGAAGUGUCUCUUCCUGUCGGGAUUCACUGAAGAGCUGCUCAACCACAUGCACGACACAGCUUUGCCGGGCAAGUACAAGAUGGGCUUCACCAACAUGGUUGCCAGGGCGACGCCGGGCAGCAAAGACCUCUCAACCAAAGAGCUGCGCGAAGGAGGCACAAUUCUAGUCGAGAAGCUAAAGAAAUUCAAACCUCUCAUCGCCGUCUUCAACGGCAAAUGCAUAUAUGAAAUGUUUUGUCGAGAACUAUUUGGUAAGAAACCGAAGAAGCUUGAUUUCGGUUUGCAGCCUCACAAGAUCCCAGACUGCGAAGUGGCUCUCUACCUGAUGCCUUCAUCCAGCGCUCGCUGUGCGCAGUUCCCGCGCGCUCAGGACAAAGUGCACUUCUACAUCAAGCUGAGGGAGCUCCGAGACCAGCUGCGGGGUGCGGCCAAGCCCAGGGAGAUCGAGGAGGUCCACUACUCCUUUGACCUGAGUCUGGCCAAGGAGGACGCCAAGAGGCUCGCCAUCAAGGAGGAGCAGUACGAUCCAGGCUACGAGGACGCCUACGGCGGAGCGUACGCGCAGCCCGGAGCUGAAGGAGGCCAAAGUCAGGCCAACGGUCACUGUACCUUCUCCCCUAGUGAAAGCACAGACCGAGCACAGGAGGCGAGCACGUCGCAGACCCCAGAAGGUCAACUCCCCGACGGACAGUGGAUGUCGCAGUCUUUUGCCGACGAGAUUCCAGACAUCAGCGGAGGAGCGAAAGACGGCGCCGCGUGAGGAAGAAAAGACGUUAGUGAGGCCCCGCUGCCGUCCUCCCGUCUGGAUAACCGUUAGCGGACAUGUCCGCGCUUAGAUAGACUUUGUAGGCGUCUUGCAGAAUCUUCUUUCUGCCUCCUUUUAGAUAUUUCUUUGAUCUUCACAGCGACGGCUGUGGUUUUUACCGACAUCCAAUCAGGGACGGGGACUUUUUCCCACUGUCCUUUUUUUAAACAGGGACUCAGUCUUGUACUUUACACUCCUGACCAGCGGGGGGCAGCGUAUUACUUGAAACAGGCUAACAUCCGUGUUUCAAUUUUGCACUCUUCCAUACGCAGACGUAGUCUUUUCAGCGCACCCAAGUUGGCGAGCGCGCCGCGGCGGACCCGAACCGCCCCCUAAUCGCCACCUUCUUGGCGACGUAGCGGAAGGGGAGGGGCUACCUCAAGUGGUUGCAGUUCAUCUUAAAAAAGGAGAGAAGGAGAGGUCACAGAUAAAUAUUGCAAUUGCCAUUUAUGGACAGCACAACACAAAAUUGGCACACUCAGAAAUGUAAGUACACAGUAUUCGCAGUAUACUUAAAAAAAAGAGUAAUGAUGGAAGUACUCCAUUUGAGACAGGACGACACUGUCGAAACUGGCACACUGCAAAAUUAAGACAUUCGUAUCUAAAUUAUACUUCGAUAUGUGUACUAAUGGAAGUACUCCAUUUGAAACGGCACUACUUUAUCAAAAUUGGCGCACUCAGAAACUUAGGUUCACAGUACAUUAUAUUUACAUAUUGAUGGAAGUACUUCAUUUCAGACGGCACCGUAUUGUCAAAAUUGGUGCACUUAGAAACUAAGUGCACAGUAUCCACAGUAUACUAAAAUAAGUGUCCUGAUGGAAGUACUCCAUUUGAGACAAUACAACACUGUCAAAACUGGCGCAUUCCGAAACUAAGUACACAGUAUCUAAAGUACACUUAGGUACUGACGGAAGUACUUAUUUUCAGACGGCACUACAUUGUUAAAAUUGGUGCACUCAGAAACUCAAGCACACAUUAUCUACAUUAUACUUAAAUGUCCUGUCCAUGUGAGACAGUAAGUACACAGUAUCUACAGUAUACUUAAAUAAGUUUCCUGAUGGAAGUACUCCAUUUGAGACAGUACGGGACUGUCAAAACUGGCACACUCUGAAACUAAGUACAUCGUAUCUAUAGUACACUUAGGUACUUAUGAAAGUACUUCAUUUUAGACGCCACUACAUUGUUAAAAUUGGCGCACUCAGAAACUCAAGUACACAUUAUCUACAGCAUACUUAAGUGUCCCAUCCAUUUGAGACAGCAGUAAAAUUGGCACAUUCAGAAACUACAGUAAGUACACUUAAAUAAGUGUCCUAAUGGAAGUACUUCAUUUGAGAUGGCACUACAUUGUCAAAACUGGCGCACUCAAAAACUAAGUACACAGUAUCUAAAGUAUACUUAAAUAAGUGUCCUGAUUUGAAAUACUCUAUUUGAGACAGCUCAAUGUGUCAAAAAGAGCGCACUCAGAAACUAAGUAGACAUUAUAUACAGUAUACUUAAGUAUGUGUACUAAUGGAAGUACUCAAUUAGAGACAGCACUACAUUGUCAAAAUGUAGAUUUUGGAUUGUAUGGCCUUGGAUCUGAGUGUUUUUCAGAGGUCCUUUUGAAGACGCUGUCACAUUCACAAACUCUGACCAGUCUUUUAAAAACCUGCGUUGCCAUGAACUCACCACCAGAUCUCCCCUGGUCUCAAACGCAUCAUCACUGACUCCUCUGUUAAAUGACCUCAGCAGCCUUUCAUCAUGAAUUUAUUCUUUUAGGCAAUUUUAGGAUUGUUUCGAUGUCGCUGGAAAUGACACACACGGAAUUUGAUGAUGUUUGUGUAUUAAAAUGUCCUGAUGGUGCUUUUUUUCUACAUGGUUGAU